AUGGAAACACUAUCUUUUGAUAGCACCAUUCAAAUUUCAUAUGGGGAUUUAAUUGCUUUUUCUUUUAUUUUAAUGGCUUGUUGCCUUUUAAUACCAUCUUCAUUUUUUUAUUAUAAAUUUAAAAAAAUAGAUCAAGACACAAAAAGAAAGUAUAAGAAAAUUAAAAAAUUACAAUAUAGCAUUAUAAAUGAAAACUCACCAAGGUUUGUUCAACCACCACAACCUCAACCACAACAAUCACAACCACAACUACAGCCACAACAACAACUACAACUACAACAACUACAACAACAACAACAACAACAACAACAACAACAACAACAACAACAACAACAACAACAACAACAACAAGAAGAACAACCAGAACAAGAAAAAAAACAACCUCUAUUAAAAGAACCAUCAAUAUCAAAAUUAAAUGAAUAUUUGACACAAUUGCAACAAAAUGAAAAACCACAAUUAAAUAGUUCACAAUCUUCAAUAAAAACAGAAGUUCAUGAAGUUUCAAACAUUGAUUUUUUGAAAAAUAAUGAAACAAUUUAUGAAGAUAAUUUUUUAACUGAAAAACUAUCACCAAAUCAAAUUAUAAAAACAUUACCAAACCAAAUAAUGGAACCACCACCAUCAUCAAUAAUUAAUCAAUCACCAGAAAACACUUAUAAUUUUUAUAAAGAAAAUAUUCCAAUUUAUGAAACACUUAGUACUCGUUUAGAAAAACAUAAUAAUUUAUGUUCAAUUUUUGAUACAAAUUAUCAAAAAAAACAAAAUAAUUUAUCUUCAAAUUUUGAAAUAAAUUAUCAAAAAAUUGAUCAAAUAAAUAAUGAUACUACUUCAUUUGUUUUGGAAAAUGGUUUUAUAAUAAAAUUUAAACAAAAUUUCAAAGGUCAAUUAUUAAUUAAUGGUAAUAGUAGUAGUAUCAUUCCAAAUGGAAUAACUCAUGUAAUAUUUAAUGAUGAAUUUAACUCUAAAAUUCCACCAGGUUCAUUCCCAAAUAGUGUAAAGAAAAUUGAAUUUGGUAAAAAAUACAAUAAUGGUGGUUGUGGAAUUCAAGAUGGCGUUUUUCCAAUGGGAUUGGAGGAAUUAUCUUUUCAACAUUAUUUUAUCAGUAAAAAUAAUGAUGCACCUUUACCAACUUCUUUGAAAAUAUUAAAAAUUGGUUGCCAUAAGACAAUUUAUCACGAUAAUGCAUCGAGAUAUUCAACUGUUAGUUCUGGAAUUAAACAUUCUCAACUUCUCACAAACUUUAGUCAUUUAACAAAUUUAAAACAAGUUACACUUGGUUUUUGUUUUGAAGGAAUAUUACCACAAUCUCUACUCAAUUUAAAUGUAAAAAUUAUUAGUUCCCCAAAUUAUAAAAAAUCAACUCCAAUUCAUCAUGUUAUUGAUAAAAAUAUUGGAUGUAGUUUUGUUGUAAAAAUAAAUAUCGAUCUCUUUUUUUUCUCAAAAUUUUCAUUUUUUUAUUUUUAUUUUAUUUUUUAUUUUAUUUUUAUUUUUUAUUUUUUUUGUGAAAAAACACAAAACGAACCGAAAUUUUUUUUUUUAAUUUUUAAUUUUAUUUUAUUUUUUUUUUUGUUAAAUAUACUAGUACCUUUAUAUAUAUAUAUAUAUAUAUAA